AUUUGGUGAGUCUGUGUGUUAAAGGAUAAUUCACAUAUCAGAGUAAAUGGCAGAGAAGAAGAUUGAAGUUGUUGAAGAUAAUCUGACAUGUCCAGUGUGUUUGGAGACGUUCAGAGAUCCUGUGUCUCUGAGCUGCAACCACAGCUUCUGUUUAAUCUGCCUGAAGAAAUUCUGGAAAGAAAAGGAAAACAGAACCUGUCCUGUUUGUAGAAGAAAAUCCUCAAAAGACAUAAUAGUGAACUUUGCUCUUAAAGAACUGGCUGAAUCAUUUACUGAGGGUCUGAAAGUUGGAUCAUCUGAGUCAGAAAAAGGAGAACAGAAGGUGGAGGUGGUCUGCAGCAAACAUCCAGAAGAACCUAAACUGUUCUGUAAAGAUGAAAACAGAGCUGUGUGUCUGGUCUGUGAUUUUCCUCAUCAACGUGAACACACUGUGGUUCCUGUAGAAGAAGCAGUUUCUGAAAUGAAGGAUGAGCUGAAAUCUGACUUAAAGUCUCUACAGGAAAAGAAGAAGAAAUACAAGCAAACACAGAAAACAUACGAGGAAAUAAUGAAACACUUAAAGAAUCAGGUUUUGUGGACAGAGAGUCAGAUCAGAGCAGAGUUCAACAAACUCCAGCAGUUCCUGAAAGAGGAAGAGGAGUCCAGACUGGCAGCUCUGAGGGAGGAAGAGGAGCAGAAGAGGAGGAGUGUGAUGAGAGAGAUGAAGAGGAUUGAGGAGCAGAUGUCCUCUGUGUCAGACAGUAUCUGUGCUGUUGAAGAAGAGCUGCAGAAAGCCAGCGCUCCAUUCCUCAUCAGUUGUAAAGACACUCAGAGCAGAGCCAGAGCCCAGUGCUCAGUGUCAGAGCCACAGCUGAUCUCAGGAGCACUGAUCCAUGUGGACAAACACCUGGGCAACCUGUCCUUCAGAGUCUGGGACAAGAUGAGGGACAAGGUCCACUUCAGCCCCGUCAUCCUGGACCCAAACACUGCACAUGGAUGGCUUCAUCUGUCUGAUGAUCUGACCAGUGUGAGAAAUGGAGACACUUAUCAGCAGGUUCCUGACAAUCCAGAGAGAAACACUAAAUAUACCACUGUUUAUGGAUCUGAGAGCUUCACCUCAGGGAAACACAGCUGGGACGUGGAGGUGAGAGACCAUCCUGGAUGGACUUUAGGUUUGGUUAAAGAGUCAGCUGACAGGAAGGGAGAGGUGUGUGUUUCACCAAAGUAUGGAAUCUGGUGUUUAGUACAUCACAGUGGAAAAUACUUUAAUGGAUUUAAUCAGACUGUGACAGUGCAGACGAGUCCACAGAGGAUCAGAGUUGAACUGGACUAUAACAGGGGGCAGGUGUCCUUCUACAACGCUGAAGAUAAGACUCACAUCUGCACCUACAGAGACACUUUCACUGAGAAACUCUACCCUUAUUUCAGUGUUGGAAAGACCACUGGUGUUAAAACCACUGAUAUUAAAAUCUGCCAGAGGAAAAUUUCUCUGUUUAUGGAGAAAUGAAAAUGUGAUCGAUAGAUUAUGUUUUCAUUUUUCCAAAACCAGUCAUAUUGAUACAUGUAGAUGUGAAAUGAAUAAAACCUGUUUAACUGAGUCGAAUGGAACAAACACUGAAAUGAUUUAUAAUAUGUUGGUUUUUAUUGUCUUGAACACGCCAGUAACAGUAAAUCUCAAAAACCACAAUUAAAUUUCGGUUAAUGAAUUCACCGCGUCAGACAUCUUUAUAUUUUAUACACCGGGUACUCUUUCUGCUUUGCUCUGACUUAAAACUGCGUGUCCAUGCGGAACACAUGACCGCCAGUGUUCCUCCACCUUACUUCAGUAGUUCCAUAAAAACAGCUGUCCGGUUAAAUCCGGGCUGUCCCAGAGGGGGGUCGCGUAAUUUAAAUUAAC